GUGGUGUCUCGAUCGGAUUUCCAGGCCAGACCUCAGCUCCGGCAGCAGCAUCAGCCCGGCCCAUCUCGUGCUCCCAGGCGCUGCGCCCCGAGAAGGCGCAGAGCGCGGCAGCAGCAGCUGAGCCGCCCGCCGCGCCCCGGGCCCGCGCAGCCCCGGCCAAGAGCGCGGCGCGCGCAGCCGUGUCACCCUACAACGCAAGGCAGCGGCGGCUGCUCGGACCUCGGUUUCUGGGGGUGCAGGGCAUCGGCGGGGGAGCUGUCGGCAUCCCUCGCUCUUCUCGAGGCGGCGGCGGGAGUCUUGGCCACCGCCUCCUGCGCACCCUCGCUGCCCCAGGAUUGCGAAUUAGUGCCCCUAACCAGUUGGGCGGGGCUUUGCGCUCCUGCCCUCGGCCCGGAUGGGGCUCCUGGCUGGGACUCGGGGUUCCUGGAGUUAAUGUCCAACUGGGGGUCUGCGGAGACCGGAUCCGAGGUGCCGCCGCCGGACGGGACUCUAAGAUGAAGUUAUGGGAUGUCGUGGCUGUCUGCCUGGUGCUGCUCCACACCGCGUCCGCCUUCCCGUUGCCCGCCGGUAAGAGGCCUCCCGAGGCGCCCGCCGAAGACCGCUCCCCCGGCCGCCGCCGCGCACCCUUCGCGCUGAGCCGUGACUCAAACAUGCCAGAAGAUUAUUCUGAUCAGUUUGACGACGUCAUGGAUUUUAUUCAGGCCACCAUCCGAAGGCUGAAGAGGUCGCCCGAGAAGCAAGUGGCCGUGCCACCCCGGAGAGAGCGGAAUCGCCAGGCGGCGGCCGGCAGCCCGGAAGGUUCCAGGGGGAAAGGGCGGCGAGGACAGAGGGGCAGAAACCGGGGUUGUGUCUUGACGGCGAUACAUUUAAACGUCACUGACCUAGGUUUGGGCUACGAAACCAAGGAGGAACUGAUUUUUCGGUACUGCAGUGGUUCCUGCGACGCGGCCGAGACCAUGUACGACAAAAUAUUAAAGAACUUAUCCAAAAAUAGAAGGCUGGUGAGUGACAAAGUCGGGCAGGCUUGCUGCAGACCCAUCGCCUACGAUGACGACCUAUCGUUUCUAGAUGACAACCUGGUUUACCAUAUUCUAAGAAAGCAUUCCGCUAAAAGGUGUGGGUGUGUCUGACUCCGGCUCCAGAGACUGCUGUGUAUUGCAUUCCUGCUACAGUGCAAAGAAAGGGACCAAGGUUCCCAGGAAAAGUUAGCCCCGAAUGGAAGAUGAGGACCAAGGAGGCGGAGGCGGAGGACGGAGGAGGAGGAGGAGGCAGAGGAGGAGGAAGAGGAAGGCAGCCGUUGGGGGAGCCUGGUGGAGGGAGAUUCAGCUACAGAGAACUGGACGGGAGAGGAAACAGCCAUCUGGACUCUCCCUGCCGGCAGCCAAUGUCGCCGGCAGCCGAUGGCACCAGCAGCUUAGGGCUGGGGUCCCUGGUUGGGUGUUUCCCAUCAUCAGACACAGCCCGCCACGGCCGGCCCCCGGUGCAGUUGCGGAUGCACUUGAAACCAGACCAGUGUAUCUCCUGUGGUUUAUUUUCACACAUCUGGAGACACCCGGGAAGCGGUCAUCCUGGUGUCGUUCCUUGUCACGGCGUUUUACUGCUGAAAGCAAGAAAGGCUUAUUUUUCUGUCACUCAGCGGAAACAUACCCCGGAGAGGAGGAAGAAAAAACAAAACAACACAACGCAACACAACACCAAAAGCAAAGACACAAGAGAUCGUUACCUUUGAAUUUGAAAGUUGAAGCCUGAGGUUUCCUAAAGCCAGCAUGGUUUGCCAACCGUCGGUCGGUGAUAGAUUUGGAACCUGGUGUGCAGGGCAGGAAGAAGUUGGCUAGGAACCAAAAAGGCUGUCCUCAUGACUAAAAACAAACCCAAAGGUAUUUCCUUGAUGACCUUGGAAACAGGAAACCAGUUGUGGUUUUCGGCAGCAUUCUUGCAGGAGAGCAAGUGGGGAAGGCCCCCCAGCCGCCCCGGGGGCAGGGGGACCCGCUGGGCCUGCCGGUUUACAAAGAGACAGAGGUUACAUAACCCCCAGCUCCGUUUAAGCAUGGUCACCAGUGACCAGAGAAGCUACUCGAUGCAAUGCAUCUAUUUCAGAUACAGAAAUAUAGAGAAGAUAUUUAUUGAGAUUUAAGUUAUUGUUAUUUAUUACCGUUCACUAAUGAGUUGCUCUUUUCUCCCCUUAUUUAUUAAAGUUUCUUUUCAAGGUGCCAAAGCAUAUGUGGUCGCAAAAUGCAAAGAAAAGUGACAAAGGAAAUUUUGAUUGGGAACAAGGGUCCAUGCUUUUCAAAGUAUUAAAAAGUUUCUCAGUAGGCAAAAAUCACUUACUUUACCUUUUUAAGAAAAGCCUCAUCUCCCCCCCCCCCAUUUCAGCCUCUUCCCUAUUUUUAUUUUUGAGAAAAGGAAUGCGUCAGAAGGAGCGCUUCUGAUCGGCCCCCUCUCGGGAGCGUGUGCAAAGACCCGUGGGCUCUGGUUUUACGUCCUCGCUGUUCUGUCGCUGAGCAGGUCUGCCACACGCUCCCCUUUCUGUUGUAUGUAAGCCCUUACUCCCUUCCGCGUGUAUCUAUCUAUGACAUGCAUAACCGUGUAUAUGAAAGGUUAAAUCCCUUUUAGUAAGUAGUCCUGGAGUCAGUGUUGACCUAAAAGUGAGAUACAAAUCCUGUCAGCCGGCCAUGGUCUGUCCCGACUCUUCCCCUGUCCUUCCAUCCACCACUGUCUUCUAGAGAAACGUGCUCACGCCCAGCGUAGCCAGGGAGCACGUGGCCCGCCUUCCAGAAGCGGGAUCUAUCUGGGUGCCGUAAAAGCCCCUUGGCUGUCCCCUGGGGGCAACGGUCGCUGUCCCUGUCAGAAGGAGGUAGCCCAGAAGGGAGGAUAUCUGACCCAGCCGCAUACACACACCGAGUCUCAUGCCCACAGAAUGUCCUACCUGUACGAUGAAAGCCUUUGGAGGGGCGGCGGCAUAAGGUGGGAACAACCAGCUCCUCACACGAGUCCCGGAUGUGGGAUUGUCUGGCAGCUGACGAGGCACGAGGAGCUGGGCCCUAUAUUAAGAGUUUGUUGCAUGUUUCAUAAAAGGGAUUUUUAUCAAGGAAAUCAUCUAUCACUAUCCGAGUGGCUAAUAGCCCGAAAGUAUGACAGAUUUAGCAAUUAAGUGACCUACCGGCCUCCCUCAAACAAUCAUGUGAAUUUUGCAAAGUAACCAAGAGGCACCAUUUAGCAGACAUCCCUUCCCCCACGCCCCCAAAGACCCAAGUUCACCAUCAUUCUGUCCCUGUCUUUUCUGUUCCCCUUGCACAACUUGGAGAUAAAGUAAAAGGAACCCCCUGCCCCUGGGGCCAGAGUGGGGACCUCGUUGAAGAGCAGCCUGCUUCAAACAGUGACAGACCCAGCCGUCUGGUCAUUUGUGAAGCACAGUGUGACGUAGCCCCAGGACCGUCUGUCUGGUUCAGACAAUCCUGGCAGAUUUGGUGGCUGGCGUCCCCAGGGGUCAGCCUCGGUUCCCCCCCGCCCCCCGCUGCCCCGAUUCCCAUGAAAAGUCCUUGUUCACAGGGGCUCUAGGACACAGUGGAUGUGGACAGCUCGUUCCCAGCAUCACCACAAGCAAGUUUUAACUGAAGCUAAUCACUCUACCAAAUCCACAAAAAGGGUAAAGUUUGUGAUUUUUCUGUAUCAUUGCGAUUACCAUCUGAUCUGGUAGGGAGUGCACUUCUUUGGAAGUUCUGACUUCUCUGAUCUGUCUCAGUCAUUUGUGUUAUACAACCAAAGUUCUCUACAGACUUUAUUUUUGUACAAUAUCAUUUUGUAACUUUUUACAAAUAAAAACUCAUUUC